UGUGGGGGUUUGUAGGAGGCUGGAGUCAGCUGGAGUGUCGCUAGUUGAAAUUUAACUCGUUUUCUUUUGUUGACGGUGGUUUCGCCUAACUGUAACGGCCCGUUGGUUUUGGUUCUUUUUUUUUUCCGCGUGUAUACGUCAGCUUAUCGUGCGCAUGUUUUUCCGGCUGUUGGAAUGCGCUAUCGAGGAUAAAUGUUGGCGAUUUGUGAAGCGCUUCGAGUGGCCUUAUCUUUUAACAGCGGCAUUUUAUAACACAUGAACGGCAGUCGUUGGGUACCUGAGUACGGUGGGUGCCUGGUAGCGGCGAGUUGACUGUGCAAAGAUGAGUAUCGCAGCGCGCUUUGUUUUGCAUCGCCGUCGUCUACUGCCAUCAACAUUCGUAAGGCGCCCGAAGUUUGAACCGCGGUUGGAACACGUGAGGUUCGUCAGUCGUCUCCACAAGCACCUUUCUAACAACGACAUUGACGGCUGCUGGGAUGUUGUUGAAGAUCCGCCGAAAGAAUUUAACUUUUCCAGAGACAUUAUCGACUUCUGGGCGGCUGAGAAACAGAAAAAGAGCCGUGGCGACAUGCCUGCAUUCUGGUUUGCUAAGGAAACCAGCAGUGAGCCAGAUAUCAAAUAUACAUUUUCUGAUCUCAGCCACCUUUCCCAGAGGGUGGCUGGCUUCUUCAAGCAUGACCUUGGCCUUAGCAAAAACAGCCGGCUUUUGGUGAUCCUGCCAAAGACGCCAGAGUUCUGGCUUGUUCUCUUAGCAGCCAUCAGAUGCGGCAUAACUCUCACCACCUGCACUACCAUGCUUACGGAGAACGACAUCAAGUUCCGGAUGGCGAAGUUUCAGCCCGACUGCGUCAUAGCUGGAUUGAACGAGAUGGCUGCAGUUGAUGAGGUGGUCAGGAGCUUCGACUGCGUACAGCACAAAGUGCUCGUCUCAAACGAACCAGCGAGGAACGACUGGAAGUUAUUUGACUCUUUGCUUCGAAACUCUUCCUCCAAGCAUGAGGGCGACACAACAUCCACAGACGACCCAGCCAUCGUCUUCUUCACGAGUGGCACAACUGGUCCCCCCAAGAUGGUGGAGCACACACAGGGCUACUUUCUCGCCCACUUGUCCACUGCAUGCCACGUACACAGUCCUGAGCAGCAUGACAUGGUGUGGUGCAUCGCGGACCCUGGCUGGGCGAAGGCAGCAUGGGGCACGUUCCCUACUUGGCUCAUGGGUGCUUGUUUCUUCCAAGCCCAGAUGCCCAAGUUUCUGUCCACCGCAACACUUGCUGUUCUGCGCGACUACCCCAUCACGAAGCUGUGCGCCCCUCCAACUGUGUACCGUGCCUUGCUUCAGCAGGACUCCUCCCAGUUCCAGUUUAAAAGCCUCGUCGACUGCAUAUCUGCUGGAGAGCCCAUGAACCCAGAGGUGAUGCUGAAGUGGCAAGAUCUAACAGGAGUCGAGAUCAGGGAAGUGUAUGGCCAGACAGAAACGGUGGUAUUAUGUGCCUCACCGAGGCAUCAUCCAAUCAAACCUGGCUCUAUGGGCAUUCCACCACGAAACAUAAUGCUACAGAUUCACGACGAGAAAGGGAGAGAGGUGGCUGUGGGCGAGACUGGCCUCAUCGCCGUGGACGUGGGCCAGAAGCGCCCCUUCGGGCUUUUUGCUGGCUACAGGGAUGACCCUGAGAGGACUGCCAUCGUGUUUCGAAACGGUUUCUAUUACACGGGCGAUCGUGCUUCGAUGGACAUCGACGGGUACUUCUGGUUUUACUCCCGCGCUGAUGACGUCAUCAUCUCAGCAGGAUAUCGCAUCGGGCCCUUCGAAGUCGAGAGCGUACUCAUAGAACACCCCGCGGUUGUGGAAUGUGCGGUGGUCGCCAGCCCAGACCCUCAUCGAGGAGAAGUUGUAAAAGCCUUUGUCGUACUGCACCCCGACUACAAAUCGUGUGACCCCAACAGUCUGGCCGAAGAGCUACAGCAGCACGUCAAGAAACACACCGCACCGUACAAGUACCCUCGCAAAGUGGAGUUUGUGGAUCAGCUUCCCAAGACAAUCAGUGGCAAGAUUCUGCGCCAUCUGCUCCGCGAGAGAGAAAAGUCUGCUGCUGCCCAGUGCUGAAGAAGACGGCUGUCACCAGACUGGCACUUUAGCUGCCACCUUCUACGAAACUUCACUUCAGCUAAAUUGGUCGUAAAUGAGUAAUAUUAUAGGCUAUUGAAGCAAUCUCGGCAAGGCCACAAGGCUGGUAAAUGAUAUGGUAUGGUACGAAGUGAAUAUGAUAUGCCAAAUUUUUUAUUAUUAGCACCUAAGCAGAGACUCUUGCUGAGACAUCCCUCGUUCAACCUCUGCCAAUCAAUAUUGUUACCGCGGGCGGCAUAGCAGGUAGCAAAGCAAAUCGUGAUUAAGUCACAAUUUGCAGUUGAAACACAAAACAUUUUUCAGAAGAGAUUACAGAUGUGCCUCAGGGAGAAUGACUAUGGAAAUUGUUAUGGAAAAGAGAUCUUAACCAUAUUAUUGACAGAACAUAGAUUUUUUUUCUCAGUGGUCUUUUCUCAACUGGGUUUUGUAAACACUUAAUUUACCAUGAGCCUGUGUGUCCAUUCGUGAUAGCGUAAGCUAGGAGGUCACAGAUUCCCAGUGCUUGAGAGAGUUUGCACAUGCAGAACUGGCAUGUAAUGCUCAGUGUCACUAUGAGGCCUCUAGUUUACUGCAGACAGUACUUAUGAGCUAAUAAGUGGACUGAUCUCGUUUGUUAUAUUGCUUUGGUUUCGGCAUGACAUGUAAGAAAGCGGCAGAGUUUAACGAGGCCAUAAUGGCAUGACGAUGACGACUGAUGACGAAGACUGCAGUGUGAUGACAACGGCAUUAUGACUGAAGAGACAAACACCUUCGGUGGUGAAAUUAAAGUCUUUAAUGCAGUAAAUAAGUACUCCUCAUCUGCAGGUAAAAGGAAAGCCUAUUGGGGUGGGGGGUCGCGCCCUCUCCACACCAGCUUGUGAACGGAGCAACUUCUUCGUAAGUUGCGACGACAGUGAUGACAUUAUAACCAUGACAGCAUGACAACGCUUUGUUGAUUGACAUCUGAAGUGAGAUUACGUACAAAGGUCAUGUAGGAGUCUCAGAAUGUAUCGAGGAUGUGGGGGUUCAUAACUACUCUUCGCGGUUAUGAGAGCUAAAAGGGAAUGGAAGGGUCACUGGAGUUUGAACAUUUUUUCCUUCCUUUUUUUUAAAUGUGAUAUGGCUUCAUUGUGUAUGUUAGUAGAUUUUAUUAGAUGAUGUCUGGCGAUUUGUUCCACACGCUAGUGCCUUUUCACAUUGUCGUAGUUCUCAAAAAAAGAAAUAAUAAUAAUAAUAACAUUGACAAAGCAGCAGGUGUGAACUUCUGUUUGUAUUUACUGUUGCUUUACUUCUGGCUUGGCACAAUCAGACAAAGGCACCAUGUUCUUAGCUGAUUAAGGUCACUCUGAUUAGGUCUUAACUAAUGUGCAACAACAAUAAUCAAGGCUGUUGUGGGGCUUUGGGCUUUUGUGGUAAAAAGCCGGCUCUGGAGAGGAGCCUACACGAUGCAGUGUGCACAUAUGCGCAUUAGGAGUGUACACACGAUGUCCAUGCAUUGCAAUUGCUUUGAAAGCCAUGUCAGAGAAAUCAGCCUUUUCCUUUUGUGGACGUUUUCGCUGUUACAGCUGGAAGCAUGAAUUUUGCAGCAAAGUACUAUGCGGAAAAGACAUGUGAUACCCCUACAACCAUUUUUUACAAGUUGUGCAAACUAGUAAAAUGCUUCCUUGUACAUCUGUUUUUAUUCUUGAGAAUAAGUAAGCUAUUUAUCCACCAAGACAGCCGUAGUUUUGUGUACAUCCGUAGCCUCACGGAUGCAACAAAUUAUAAUGGGACUGAAGGUGUUAAUACCACUAAUAUAAGGCGUACUAAGAUAUCGAAAACAAUGAAGUGAAUAUGAUAUGCAAAUUGGUAAUUUACAAGUUUGCAAAUCAAGAGCAAGCUUGCACGAUGAUGCGACUCACCCAUUGUCACCAGUGACUAGUAUGGUCGACACCUCUCCCUCAAGCUGUGAUGGAUUUCUUUUGACCCCCGAUAGAAGGUUUGCCUAAUGAUCUCAUCUCUGGAGCAAUGUGGUGUUAAUUAGCAGAAGAAAUGUUUGAAAUAAAAAGGACUCGUGCUGAA